UCUAGUUUUGUGUUCCCUUCCCCACCUGCAACUUUCUCAUUUUGACAAAUUGGUUUUUUCUACUUUGUUUGGUGAGUUGUAUCUCUGUUUGAAGUUCUAUAAUCAACCCUAAUUUGCUUCCUCUAUGUUUAAUGUACAGAUUUUGAAGCAUGAUUGGCCAGCAAGAUGGAAAAGCUUUAUUCCUGAUCUUGUUUCAGCUGCUAAAACUAGUGAAACAAUUUGUGAGAAUUGCAUGGCUAUAUUGAAGCUUCUAAGUGAAGAGGUGUUUGAUUUCUCAAGAGGAGAGAUGACUCAAAGUAAGAUAAAGGAGCUUAAACAAUCAUUGAACAGUGAAUUUCAACUCAUUCAUGAGCUAUGCUUAUAUGUACUAUCAGCCUCUCAAAGAACUGAGCUUAUACGUGCAACACUCUCCACAUUGCACGCAUUUCUCUCAUGGAUUCCCCUGGGAUAUAUAUUGGAGUCUCCAUUGCUUGAAACGCUGCUGAAUUUUUUCCCCAUGCCAUCGUAUCGGAAUCUCACUCUUCAGUGUUUGACAGAGGUUGCAGCACUUAAUUUUGGAGAUUUCUACAAUGCCCAGUACGUUAAGAUGUACACCAUAUUCAUGAAACUGUUGCAGGUAGGUCCGAAAUGAAAUGCUUAUUGUAGUACUAUCUUUGGUUGGCUUACUCAUCACAUCAUUGUCCAGUUUUUUCUUUUAUUUAAUUGUAUGUCUUGUUCCUGUGUUGCUAUUAAUAUUUUUUUUUCUUCCUUUUGGUC